CCGGGUCAGGGGUCACGAGCGGAGCAUCUUCUCUGGCCCGGGCCGGCGCGGGAGGGCUGUGUGAUGGCCUCGGAGCGCCCGGAGCCGGAGGUGGAAGAAGCUGGGCAGGUGUUCCUGUUGAUGAAAAAGGAUUAUAGAAUCUCCCGAAAUGUUCGCCUGGCUUGGUUCCUCAAUCACCUGCAUCAGACGGUGCAGGCCACACCUCAGGAGACACUGCUCCAGUCUGAGCAGGAGUUGGAAGUCCUCAGUGUGCUGCCCCCCGGGUGGCAGCCGGAUGAACCAGUGACCCCAAGGCCUUUCCUCCUCGUGCCUUCCACCCGGGUCACCUUCCUGGCUUGGCAGUAUCGAUUUGUUAUUGAACUGGACCUUAGCCCCUCGACAGGCAUCGUGGAUGAUUCCACAGGGGAGAUCUUGUUUGAUGAAGUUUUCCAUGCCCUCUCUCGCUGCCUCGGGGGGCUGCUUCGACCUUUCCGAGUGCCCGGAUCUUGCAUUGACUUCCAGCCCGAGAUCUACGUAACUAUCCAGGCCUACUCCUCCAUCAUUGGCCUACAGUCCCACCAGGUGCUGGUGCAGGGCUGUCUCUUGGACCCUUCCCAGCGGGAGGUCUUCCUGCAGCAGGUCAAUGAGCAGCUCUGCCUCUUUGAGGAUAAGGUGGCGGCCACUCUGCAGCAGCAGUAUGACCCCCAGGGCCAGGCAGAAGACCAGUCUCCAGACACGGGGGAGCCCCCCGGCCGGAAGGUGGGAGUCUCCAUGGUGACCGCUGACCUUGGGCUGGUCAGUAUGAUUCGUCAGGGCAUCUUGGCACUGCAGUUGCUGCCCUCGAACUCAAGCGCAGGCAUCAUUGUGAUCACAGACGGCGUGACCAGUGUACCCGAUGUUGCUGUCUGUGAGACGCUGCUGAACCAGCUGCGCAGUGGCACCGUGGCCUGCUCCUUCGUGCAGGUGGGAGGAGUUUACUCUUACGACUGCAGCUUCGGCCACGUGCCCAACGUGGAGUUGAUGAAGUUCAUCGCAAUGGCAACGUUCGGCUCCUACCUGUCCACGUGUCCCGAGCCGGAGCCAGGCAACCUGGGUCUGACCGUCUACCACCGGGCGUUCCUCCUCUACUCCUUCCUGCGCAGUGGAGAAGCCCUGAACCCGGAGUAUUACUGCGGCUCCCAGCACCGCCUGUUCAACGAGCACCUGGUCUCCGCCAGCAGCAACCCCGCCUUAGCCCUGCGCCGGAAGAAGCACACGGAGAAGGAGGUGCCGGCUGACUUGGUCAGCACCGUGUCCGUGCGGCUCCGAGAGGGCUACAGUGUCCGCGAGGUCACCCUGGCCAAAGGCGGGGCCCAGCUGGAGGUGAAGCUGGUGCUGCUGUGGAAACACAACAUGCGCAUCGAGUACAUGGCGGUGGCGCCCUGGCCCCUGGAGCCCGAGGGCCCGCGGGGGACGCGGGUGGAGGUGACCAUGGAAGGCGGCUACGACAUCCUGCACGACGUGUCCUGUGCGCUCAGGCAGCCCAUCCGCUCGCUCUACCGCACGCACGUCAUCCGGCGGUUCUGGAACACGCUGCAGAGCAUCAACCAGACAGACCAGAUGCUCGCUCACCUGCAGUCCUUCUCCUCCGUCCCGGAGCACUUCACGCUUCCCGACAGCACCAAGAGCGGAGUGCCCCUCUUCUACAUCCCUCCCGGCUCCACCGCCCCGGUGCUGUCCCUGCAGCAGAGUGCCUCUGACUCAUCCCAUGCCCAGUUCGCUGCCUACUGGAAGCCGGUGCUGUCCAUGGAUGCCAACUCCUGGCAGCGGUGGCUGCACAUGCACCGCCUGGUGCUCAUCCUGGAGCACGACACGCCCAUCCCCAAGCACCUGCACGCGCCGGGCAGCAACGGGCGCUACAGCACCGUGCAGUGCCGCAUCUCGCACUCGUCCCUCACCUCCCUGCUGCGGGACUGGAGCAGCUUCGUGCUGGUCGAGGGCUACUCCUACGUGAAGCUGCUCUCCAGCGCCCCCGACCAGCCCCCCUUCUCCUUCUACAUGGUCCGUAUCAUCUCCAAGGCCCCCUGCAUGGUCCUGCGCCUGGGCUUCCCCAUCGGCACGCCGGCCCAGGCCCGGCACAAGAUCGUGUCGGACUUGCGGGAAGAGAUCCUGCGGCUGCGCUUCCCCCACCGGGUACAGAGCAAGGAGCCCACCCCCAAGGUGAAGCGGAAGGGGCUGGGGGGCGUGGCGGGGGGCAGCUCUCCCUCCAAGUCCCCCGCCGUGCUGGGGCCCCAGCAGGCCCUGUCUGACCGGCCCUGCCUGGUGGUCUUGCACAAACCGCUGGACAAGCUGCUCAUCAGGUAUGAGAAGCUGCCCCUGGACUACCGGGCCCCCUUCCUGCUGACCCUGGAGCCCCCGGGCCCGCUGCCCUUGGUGUCGGGCCGCUCCGCCUCCUCCAGCCUCGCCUCGCUGUCCCGCUACCUGUACCACCAGCGCUGGCUCUGGAGCGUGCCCUCGGGGCUGGCCCCCGCGCUGCCCCUCAGCGCCAUCGCCCAGCUGCUGUCUGUCCUCACCGAGGUCCGGCUCUCUGAGGGGUUCCACUUUGCCUGCAGUGGGGAAGGGAUCAUCAACAUGGUCCUGGAGCUCCCCAUCCAGAACGAGCCCCCGGGCCAGGCUGCCGCGGACGAGAGGCACACGUGCGUGGUCCAGUACAUCCUCUUCCCCCCGCACUCCACCUCCACCAAAGACAGCUUCUCCACAGAUGACGACAACGACGUGGAGGUGGAGGCCCUGGAGGGGGACUCGGAGCUCAACCUGGUGACGGAGGUGUGGGUGGAGCCGCAGUACGGGCACGUGGGGCCUGGCCCCGAGAGCUGGCGGCACCUCCGGGGUCUGACGUACUCGGAGAUCCCGCAAGCCCUCCACCCUCGGGACGCGGCCUGCAUAGGCUCCCUGCUGAGCUUCGAGUACCUGAUCCAGCUGUGCCAGAGCAAGGAGUGGAGUCCCCUGCCCCCGGAGCUGCGGGUCGCCGAUGGGUCAGACCGGCGGGGCGACGCCUGUGUCCACGAGAUCCCUUUCCACUUUGACCUCAUGGGACUGCUGCCCCAGUGCCAGCAGCUGCAGAUGUCCUUCCUGCUGCUUUCCAGAGAGCCAGAGGGCGUCCCUCUCGCCGAGGGGCCCUGUCCCGCCAACGACAUGGUGCUGUGCCUGCUGCACAGCUGCCUGGGGCAGGAGCUGAGUGACCGGGAGAUCCCGCUGGCCCCUGCGGACCAGGCCACCUUCCUGAGGGAGGUGCAGCGGCGGAGCUGCCCCGGCCCCGGUCCGGAGGACCCACCCGCGGGGGGCCAUGGCAUCCUGACGGGCCAAGCGGUCAGCAGCAGCCAGGCCGCAGGAGACUCUGCGCUUCCCGCCUGGAGCGUCGGCCCGCCCGAGGCGCUCAGGCCGCUCCUCUCUGCUCAGCCCCCCCAGUGGCGCUGCUAUGCGAGGCUGGUCACCCCCCAGCACGUGUUUCUGACUUUCCUCCCAGCCACCUUCUCAGACGUCCAGCAUCUGGCCGCGUGUGGCCUGGAGGGACCCUCGCAGGAGGACCCGAAGCCUAAGUUUGGGGAUUGGAGUGGGGGCCCCAGCCUGAAGGACCCGGGAGGCUCUGGCGUCGGGGCCCCCGGGGCCCACGUGCCCCUCGUCAGCGUCACCCCGGCUGGCGGCGCGGCUGCCGACUCCGCAGGGGACGCAGGGGUGGGGCUCAGUGGAGGCCUGGAGGGCCGCGUGAGCCCUCUGCCCGCGGACAGCGCCCCGGGCCCAGAGGCGCUGAGCUCCCCUCUGUGCCAGGACCCCCAGGCGGGCGCGGGCCGUCUGGCUCUGCAGACCGAGGGUGCCGAUGGGCCCCGCACCCGGUGUCCUGUCUACAUCUACAGCUGCGCCCUGGAGGCGCUGAGGGAGCAGAUGGUUGGCCUGCAGCCCCCUCAGGUGCCCCGGGACCUCGUCUUCCGGACUCAGUUCCUGGAGCAGCCCUCCCCGCCCUCGGCCUGGAUGGAGCCCCGGUGCAAGGAGGCGGCCAACCACUGUGCCCUGCUGCAGGAGCACGCGCAGCGCUGCUACGUCCGCGGGCUGUUCCGGAGCUUACAGCAGGCACAGAGCGUGGCGGCCCAGGACCUGCAGCUGGCGGUGGAUGCCUGCGAGGAGCUCCUCCAGGAGGUGGACAUCACCCCUUUCCUGCUCGCCCUGUGCGGCCACGCCAGGGCCCUCCCCCAGGCGCCCCCGAGCCCGGGGCUCUUCAGCAGCAGCCUCGAGGAGGGCCCCGAGCCCCGGGAGCGGACCAUCCUGGCUUCGGAGUCCAGCAUCGAGACCGAGGACCUGAGCGAGCCCGAGUUCCAGAGCACGCGCGUCACGGGCCCGCUGGACCCUGGCCUGGAGAUCUCCCUGGCGGACGUGUGCCAGCUCAGGGGGGAGGCCCACGAGGCGCUGCACUGCCUCAUCCAGGAGAAGUUCCUGGAGAUCAGCGGCCUGCACUUCCGCACGGUGCCCUCCAACCCACACUACUUCUUCUACUGCCCCCCGAGCAGCAGGCGGGAGGACGAGGGUCCCCGGGACGCGGUAGACAGGAAAGUCAGUGACCUGGAGUUCUCCGAGGCUGAGCUCCUGGGCGAAGAAGGAGACACGUCUGCGGGCUGUGCAGUCACCGAGAGUGACCCCGAGCUGGAGGUGGAGUACCGGGAGAGCCGGGAGGCCGAGCUGGGGCCCGUGGGGCUGGACUCCGCCUCGCUCUCGGACGCAGACACCGUGAACCCGGAUGAGGACUCCUUCAGCAUCCUGGGGGGCGACUCGCCCACGGGCCCCGAGAGCCUCGUGCAUGACCUGCCGCCUCUCUUCCUGCACCUCACCUGCUCCGUGCGACUGCGCGGGCAGCACAGCUCCGUCCCCGUGUGCAGCCUGCCCACCUGCCUGGGCCAGGUGCUGGCCAAUCUGGAAGGCCCCCCCAUCGGAGGCCGCGUGCUCCUGAGGGACCUGAGCGUCACCCUGGAUGUCUUCGUGCUGACCUUGCCCCUGGAAGUGGAGCUGCCCCCGACGUCAGACCCUCAGCACCACCGGUCGGCCUCUGAGAGCAGCACUUCCUUCCCACGCUCUCCAGGACAGCCGUCGUCCCUGAGGUCCGACGAUGGCCUGGGCCCCCCCCUGCCAGCCCCAGAUGACGACAGGCACCCGGGACUGUCCAGCUUGGCUGCCCCCCACAGACUGGCAGUUGAGACCACCAUGAGCGAGAUCCGCUGGCUGCUGGAGGACGAGAUGGUGGGGGCACUCCGGAGAGGGGGCCUGCCGCAGAGCCCCGCCCUGCACCGCGCGGCUGCCCACAUCCACAGCUCUCCCGGGCGCUCCACCUGCCUUCGCCAGACCUUGCCGCUGAGCUUUGUGUUUGGGCCGGAGCGCUCCCUCGCGCAGUUCAAGGAGGAGUUCCGCCGACUCCACCUCCCCGGCCACGUUCUUCUGGAGGACCCUGACAGCGGCUUCUACUUCGUGGCAGCAGGCCAGCAGCCAGACGGGGCUCCAGGGGUGCCCCCCGCAGCAGCCUGGCCGUGGCACAGCCCUGAGGCCAAAGGCAUCAGAGGGGAGGCCCUGCCGUCCAGCCCCCCAGCCCCCGGCUCUCCAGAGGACUCCGAGGGGCCGCCUCUCAGCAGUCCCCCUAGCCUGCCGCAGGGAGGGGGCCAGCCGGGGCCUCGCCGGGGACUGAGCCUUAUGUCCAGUCAGGGCAGUGUGGACUCAGACCACCUGGGAUAUGACGGUGGCAGCAGCGGCUCUGACAGUGAGGGUCCCAGCGAGACCCUGGGCGGGAAGGCCCCCUUCGCGCUGCGGACCCCUCCGGGACUGGUGCCCCCACAGCCUGCGCUCGCCAGCCUCCCCGGCCCCGGCCUGCCAGACUUCUGGCUCAUCGCGCGGGUGCUGCAGGACCGUGUGGAAGUCUACGCGCACGCGCGGAGCCUGCACCGGGAGGGCAGUGGCCCCGGCUCCGAGUGCCGCCACCUGCAGCAGCUCCUGGUGAGGCGCGUGGGGGAGAUCUGCAGGGAAGUCAACCAGCGGCUGCUGCUCCAGGACCUUCACGACAGCCACGUGUGCAACUCGCUUCUGGUGGCCGAGAGCGAGGAGGACCUGUGGCGCAGCGAGAGCCUCUUCCACUCGCGCCAGCGGGCCCCCCUGCCCAGCGAUGAUUACGCUGCUGACGAGAGCUGUGCGCCCCGCGGGUACCUGGCCGCCACCAUGCAGUUCGUCCCUGGCCAUUUCUCCUGUGACGUUGUGUGGGGGACCGUGAUUCGAGUCCACUCGCGCCUCAAAAUGGGGCCCAGCAUGGGUGUCUCUCGGGCCAUCCAGGCCCUGCGCUCAGUGCUCAAUGCCUUCUCGGUGGUGAACCGGAAGAACAUGUUUGUGUAUCAGGAACGGGCCACGAAGGCGGUGUACUAUCUCCGGCUCCUGGAGACGUCGUGCAGCGAGCGGCCGUGGGAUGGCGAUGCUCUGCCCCCGUCACUUGCCCUGUCCCGAAGCCAGGAGCCCAUCUGCUCGGAGGAGGCCUCGGGCCCCCCUCGCUCCCCGCUGGACAUGGCUGCCAGCCGCAGCUCGGACACCGCGCGUCCCGUGGGCCAGGUGGACAGACACAUCCAGCUGCUGGUGCACGGCGUGGGGCAGGCAGGUCCGGAGAUCACGGAUGAGCUGGUGCGGGUUCUGCGCCGGCGCCUGGACGAGGCCACGCUGGACGUCAUCACCGUCAUGCUGGUCCGGAACUGCAAGCUGACGCCCGCGGACGUGGAGUUCAUCCAGCCCCCCGGGAGCCCCCCCUCCGAGGUGCUGCACCUGGGCCUGCCCACCUCCUGCCGGCCCUGGCUCCCGGCCCUGGCCUGGUACCUGCGGCAGAACCUGCUCAUCUUCCUGCACUCCCCCAAGUACACCGACAGCAACAGCCGGAACCACUUCCAGCACCCUCUCCCACCCCAGGGUGGCCUCCCCGACCUGGACAUCUACUUAUAUAACAAGCCCGGGGGACAGGGCACCGGGGGCAAAGGGGUCGCCUGCAUCACACUAGCCUUUGUGGACGAGAGAGGGGCCCCCAUCUCGCUGGCUCCGUGGGCACCCCCUCCUCUGGGGUCCCCAGACCUCCUGCAAGAGGAGGACUUUGAGCAGCUGACCCAGGUCACUCGCUGCCCCCUCGGGACAGACAGCCCUCCAGCUCAGAGCGGGGCCCCUCGGCUCCGCCUGGACGUGUGGGAGAAGGGGAACAUCAGCAUCGUGCAGCUGGAGGAGAAGCUGCGGGCAGCAGCGCGCCAGGCGCUGGCCGACGCCGUCCUGGAGCUGCAGCUGCUCCCCGCCCCGCUGUGCUCAGAGGACGCCCCUCCAGGAGGUCUCCGGGGCGGCUCACUGGAGACCAAGAGCCCCGCGUGCCGGGCGAGCACCUUCCCCCCGGGCCCCGGCCCCGGCGAGCCUGUGACUCCCCCCAGCAAAGCUGGUCGCCGGAGCUUCUGGGACAUGCUGAGUAAAACAGAGUGUGGGGACUUGGGCUCCCCCAAAACAACAGACGACAUCGUCCUGGACCGGCCAGAAGACACCCGGGGCCGGAGGCGCCACAAAACGGAAAACGUUCGGACGCCAGGUGGAACCGAGCGGGCGCCCGGCCCGGACUCCGGGGCCCAGAGGCCGAAACGCCGAACUACGCAGCUUGAGGAGGGCGAGGCGGGGACCCUGCAGCCCGUGUUCGCGCAUGUCGCCCAGCGCUGGAUGGAGUUCAUGGUCCAGAUCGGCUGUGCCUCCGUGUCCAAGAGUGCCGCCCACACAGUGUCCCGCUUCCUCCUGCCGUCCAUCCUGGCGGAGUUCACCGCGCUGGUCACCUCCAUGGCCGGAGACACCAGUGUCCGUGUCUUUGAGGAGCACGUGGGUCCGGAGCCCGCGGUCUUCAGCCCCUGCUCCCUGGGACAGCUCGGCCCCAACCCCCACCCGGCCGCCCAGCGGCACCUGCUGCUUCUGGGGAGGAACUUCCUGCAGUGGAGGCGACCGACCCAGCAGGCUGCCAAAACCAUGCAGCGCUUCGAGCCUGGCAGUGACGGGAGCGCGGGGCGAAACGCUCCCCGACAGAGGUUCUUGCUGCUGGAGGUGGUGGACAAGAAGCUGCAGCUCCUGACCUACAACUGGGCUCCCGACCUGGGCGCAGCGCUGGGCCGCGCGCUGGGCCGCCUGGUGCAGUGGCAGAACGCACGCGCCCACCUCAUCUUCUGCCUCCUCAGCCAGAAGCUCGGCCUCUUCCACCACUACGGGCAGCUGGACUUCCCCGUGCGGGACGAGAAGGACCCAAACCCCUUCCUCCUACCCAGCAUGGAAGCCGAGACCCUCAUCCGGAGCGCCAGCCCCCCGCUGAGCCGAGAGCAGGGCCGGCUGGGGGGCUCCUCUCGGGGUGGUGGCGCCCUGGCCCUGGACACGUUCCCCUUCGACGAGACCCUGAGGGACAUCACCGCUGCUCGCCCCAGCUCCUCACUGGGCCCCGCGCCCCGGCCCCCCGACCCCGUCACCUACCACGGGCAGCAGUUCCUGGAGAUCAAGAUGGCCGAGCGCAGAGAGCUGGAACGCCAGAUGAAGAUGGAGAACCUGUUCGUGACCUGGCAGCAGCGCUCGGCCCCGGCCGGCAUGCCCAUCAGUGCCGGCGAGCUGGAGACCCUGAAGCAGUCGUCACGCCUGGUGCAUUACUGUGCCACGGCCCUGCUCUUCCACCCGGCCGCCUGGCUGCACGGCCCACCCGAGCCCUCCGCGCCCCCCGAGGGCCAGCGGCGGCGCCCCGAGUCAGCCUCUGGCAGCCGAGAAGCCCCCGGCGGCUGCGAGCCGUCGGAUGCGACCCCGCCCGGCCCCCGUGAGGAGCCCUGGCUGAAGGAGCUGAGCCUGGCCUUCCUGCAGCAGUACGUGCAGUACCUGCAGAGCGUGGGCUUCGUGCUGGUGCCGCUGCGGCCCCCCUCGCCCGCCCGCAGCACCAGCCGGCUGCGGGCCAUGGCCAUCCUCGGAACAGAGGGCCGCGGGUCCUUCUCCUGCCCCAAAACCAAGACCGAUGGGAGCCCCAAGAGCACGGGCUCUCCGGUCACCACCUACCACCUGCAGCGGGCGCUGCCCGGGGGCAUCAUCCUCAUAGAGCUGACGUUCCAGGGCUGUUACUUCUGUGUCAAACAGUUUGCCUUGGAGUGUUCCCGGAUCCCCAUGGGACAAGCCGUCAACUCUCAGCUGUCCCUGCUGUUCACGGAGGAGUGCGACAAGGUGCGGGACCUGAUGCACGUGCACUCGUUCAGCUACGACUUUCACCUGCGCCUCGUGCACCAGCACGUGCUGGGCACCCACCUGGCCCUGCGCCACGGCUACCACCUCACCACCUUCCUGCACCACUUCCUGGCCCACCACCCCGACGGGCCCCACUUCGGCCGCAAUCACAUUUACCAAGGGACCCUGGAGCUCCCCACCCCCCUCAUCGCCGCCCACCAGCUCUACAACUACGUGGCCGACCACGCCAGCUCCUACCACAUGAAGCCGCUGCGCAUGGCCCGGCCCGGGGGUCCAGAGCAGAAUGAGUAUGCCCUGGUGUCGGCGUGGCACAGUUCUGGCUCCUACCUGGACUCGGAGGGCCUUCGCCACCAGGACGACUUCGACGUGUCUCUGCUCGUCUGUCACUCUGCGGCGCCCUUCGAGGAGCAAGGAGAGGCCGAGCGGCACGUCCUGCGGCUGCAGUUCUUCGUGGUGCUCACCAGCCAGCGCGAGCUCUUCCCCAGGCUCACCGCCGACAUCCGCCGCUUCCGGAAGCCCCCCAGGCUGCCUCCUGAGCCCGAGGCGACGGGGACCUCAGCCGGGAGCCCUGGGGAGGCCUCGGGUGUGGGUCUGGGCCCUGGACUGGCUCCCAUGUUCCCCCCUCUGGCUGCAGAGGUGGGCGUUGCACGGGCACGGCUGGCUCAGCUGGUGCGGCUGGCGGGGGGGCACUGCCGACGGGACACGCUCUGGAAGCGCCUCUUCCUGCUCGAGCCCCCGGGGCCUGACCGGCUGCGGCUCGGGGGGCGGCUGGCCCUGGCCGAGCUGGAGGAGCUCCUGGAAGCGGUGCAUGCCAAGUCCAUCGGGGACAUUGACCCCCAGCUGGACUGCUUCCUGUCCAUGACGGUCUCCUGGUACCAGAGUCUCAUCAAGGUUCUCCUAAGCCGCUUUCCCCAGAGCUGUCGCCAUUUCCAGAGCCCAGACCUGAGCACUCAGUACCUGGUCGUGCUGAAUCAGAAGUUCACCGACUGUUUCGUGCUCGUCUUUCUGGACUCCCACUUGGGAAAGACGUCGCUGACGGUGGUUUUCCGAGAGCCCUUCCCGGUCCAGCCCCAGGACAGCGAGAGCCCCCCAGCCCAGCUGGUGUCCACCUACCACCACCUGGAGUCGGUCAUCAACACAGCCUGUUUCACCCUCUGGACCCGCCUCCUCUGAGGAAGAGCUGAACCCCACUUCCUCCGCUCCCGGAGUGACCACGCCGCCCACUUAAAGCGGCCACCGCAGAGCAGGCCAGAGACUUGGGACACUGAGAGCUCAGUGACAUCUCUCGGCCUAGCAGCCAGAACUCCCAGCUGCUGACCAGCCCAGCACGCGGGAGGGUCGGAUCAGUUCCUCUCAGCCACCCGACCCUUCCAGAAAGACGCGCCCUGUGCCACACCAGGUGGAGCCCAGGGAGGCCUGAGCACGGGCACUCGCGCCUUUGAGGGCCCCUGCCCCACCUCGUUUCCCUCCGGUCUCCAGCUGGACAUCGCCAUGGACACGACAAGGCGGCUGCCACCCCGGCGUGCCUUUAAGCCCCUGGGAGCACAGGCGCGUCCCCUGCCGGGUCCCUCGGUCCUGUCCGGAAACGAGGAGGUGGGCUGCGAGCUCUCCCCUUCCCGGGCACGCCCAAGGACUGGAGGGGCCCAGAUCCCUUCUCCGCAGGAGGGAAGUGGCCCGCAGGAACUGAAGGAUUAGACACUGUGUGUCCCGUCCCCCGCCCCAAUAACAGACACGCGAA